AAUGUGUUUAUAUUAUUUUUAUCAAGGUUUUCAACAUUUAUUAAAGAGCAUGAAUGUUUAAGAAUAUCAGUCAAAAACCAAUUUCAUUUUCAUGUUGCUAUUUUGGGACAAAUUAAACAAGAGAGAUGUAUCGGCCAUUUUCAACAUUCGGAUAGCAAAACACUAUGGAAAUCAGUCAAAGCUGAAACCAAUAAAGCUGGAGGCCGAGGGAAAAGAACUGUGAAAAAGAAGGAGAUUGAUUUUAGUGUUGGUAAAGGGAAAGGUGAAGGAAGAGAAGGAUAUUUAUGGCCAGGUCUUAAACAGACAUUGAAGGCAAAUCAUGAAACGAACACCAGAGGAACAAGCUUCGUUUGAAGAGAAACAAAAUGAAAAACCUGAUUCAAAAAUUAGGAGGAAAUUUAAAGUUGACAGUAGCACCAGAGGGUGGUCAGGGGCUAAUUAUGGAGGCCAACGCAUUCUUCCACCAAUGGAUGAAGAUGAGAGCUUAUCUCAGUUUGAUGCUUUUCUUUUGAACGUUGCCAGAGUUUCACAUAUGAGAAAUAGUAUUGGCCGAGAGUAUUCAUUUCGAUCGAUUGUUAGUGUUGGAAAUGGAAAUGGCACAUUUGGUGUUGCAAUGGCGACUUCAAGUGAUGUUGCUUCUGCUUCUCGGAAAGCAAGAAUGAAAGCACUUAGGAGGCUUCAAUUUAUAGAAAGGUUUGAAGAUCGUACCGUUUACGAGGACAUGUAUGUGAACCAUCAUAGAACAUUUAUGCAUAUUCGACAACAGCCAUCUGGAUAUGGUCUGCGAUGUCAUCGGGCUAUUAUAACUAUGUGCAAGUUGGUUGGUAUUGAAGAUUUAUAUGUGAAGACAAAUGGUGCCACCACUAUGCUUAACCUUGUCAAAUGCUUCAUGAAAGCCUUACUUGCUCAAGAAACCCAUCAACAAAAAGCUGACAGACUAGGGUACCAUAUUGUUGAGUAUGAUCCUCUACGAGACAAUUACCCAUUAGUUCUCGCCUCACCAAAAAAUAGGGUUACCAAAGAAGAACCGUACGAUGAAUACAAAGAAUAUUUAAAUCGACCUUUAAUAACCAGGGAUGUGCGACGAAGUGAAGGAUUUCAUAAUCAUCACUGGAUGGGGAUACGUUAUGGUACUAGUCAAGGGCCUCCCAUCCCUAAUGCAACUGUAAUACCAGACAAAUUAAAAAGAAUAAAAGAAGCAGAAUUGUGAUUAACCAUCCCGAGGGUUUGUGUACCAUCCUUGUGUAAAAUGAUAUGCCAUAUUAUGGAGGAGAAUGAUGAUGUUCUACAAAAUGGGGACAGAGACAUGUAAAACAUUUUAAGUGCUGGAGUUGUUUUGGAUAUCACAAAAUUUCAGUGAUAUUUUUGUUCAUAAUUGUGAAAUUCAAUGCUUCAUCUUCUCAAGUAGGAUUUGGCAUUGUUUAACAGGUUGAUUUGCAAAGCAUAAACGUUUUAAGGUUGUUGUUAGCAUGAUAACACCAUUCUGAAUAGUACCAAGGCUUGGAACCCGAAUACACUAGAAUUAGACCCAGGAUUUGUCCAAGACCAAAUACUAACUAUGCUGAAUAUAUAUAUUUUUUCUGGUAUGGAAUAUCAGGCACAUUUUAAAUAGUGCCAAGUUCAACAGUUAAAUUUAUGUAAAUUUAUAGAAGAUUAGUUUUUUGCAACAAUGCAAACUAGUGAGAUUUUGAUUGAUAGAUUUUGAAUUUUUUAAAGUUUCGGAAAUGAAAUUGGGGGCUCCCGAAGUAUGCGAACCAAGAUGGCGGACAUCGGAAUGUAAUAUGUGUACUAGGUUAGGGUUAGGCCAU